AUGGCGCUGCCCGUGAGGACCAACAGCGUGAAAGGUCUCUUGUUUACCAUUCAAAAGUAUAAAGCGGCCAAAAGGUUUGUCUGCGCUGGAAAAUGUACAGAUGACAAAGAGACACCUGGGAGGCGGAUCUUCUCUGGGAUCCAGCCCACAGGCGUACCUCAUCUCGGGAACUACCUGGGCGCUCUGGAGAACUGGGUGGGGCUGCAGGAUGUGUGCGACUCCGUGCUGUACAGCAUUGUGGACCUGCACGCUAUCACGAUGCCGCAGGACCCGGCCCACCUCAGACGCAACAUCCUGGACAUGACAGCCAGCCUGCUGGCCUGCGGCAUCCGCCCAGCCCAAUGCAUCCUGUUCCAGCAAUCCCAGGUUUCUGAGCAUGCUGAACUCUCCUGGAUCCUUGGCUGUCUGACCAGUAUGCCUCGCCUCAGACACUUGCCACAGUGGAAAAUGAAGAGCAAACAGAAGAAUGAGGGGAGUGUGGGGCUUUUCACCUAUCCCGUCCUGCAGGCCGCUGACAUCCUCCUCUACAGGUCCACUCAUGUCCCAGUGGGGGAGGAUCAGGUGCAGCAUCUGGAGCUGGCCCAGGACGUGGCCCGAAUCUUCAACAACCGCUAUGGAGAGCUUUUCCCCGAGCCCCGUGCUCUGCUCAGUGCUUCGCGGAAGAUAAAGUCCCUCCGUGACCCCACGUCCAAAAUGUCGAAGUCGGACCCCCAGCGGCUGGCCACGAUCCACCUCACCGACACAACAGACGACAUCGCCCUCAAGAUCCGCAAGGCGGUGACGGACUUCACCUCGGAGGUGACCUUUGACCCGGAGCGGCGGCCAGGCGUGUCUAACCUGGUGGCGAUCCACGCGGCCGUGUCGGGGCAGAGCGUGGAGGAGGUCGUGCGGGGCGCUCAGGGACUGGACACGGCCCACUACAAGGAGGUGGUCGCCGACGCCGUCAACCGCAAGGUGGCGCCGAUCCGGGAGGAGAUCGCGAGACUGCGGGCCGACGGGGGUUACCUGGAGACCGUGCUCGCCCGGGGCGCGGCCAGGGCCCGUGAGCUUGCUGCUCCCGUCCUGGCACAGGUCCGCAAACGCGUGGGCUUCUUGUGACGCCGCGUGAUGUGUUCUAAUGACUGCUGGUGCCCCUCUCCACAGGAGACCAUGUGCCUGAGAGAGCGAGGAGCUCUUACUAGUGAUCUUCCUGCAGGUGCUGAAAUUUCAUCCUGUAUCUGGGCUGAUGUCAUUUAUGGCCUUGGCUGACAUCCUCCUCCAGCGGGACCUUCAUAGCUUGUAUUUUACCCAUUAUUCGUAUGUGCAGCUGGUUACAUACUGGAACAUUGCGAGUUCUGUACGUGGCACAAAGGUACUGCUCCACCCCGGAUUUGAACCCGCAAUCUUGUGGUUACGAGUCUGG